AUGUUGAACCACCUGAUUUCCUGCAGGCUUGAGAUUCAGAUCCUGCUGAACGAUGUUAAGCAGUCGAUUAACCACAUGCAGGGGACGCUGAACACCAUGCAGGGGCAGUGUAUUGAGUUGCAGACUGCCAUAUCUAAGGUAGUGUCAGAUGAGUCUCAGAUACAGAAGAAUAAGUCUAUGAUGAUCAUCACAGCAGCCAAAGUUGCUGUGCAGAGGGAGGAGAUCCUCCGAGCAUCAGGCCUCAUCCCGUCACAGAGGGAGGAAAUGCUCCGAGCAUCAGGCCUCAUCCUGUCACAGAGGGAGGGUAUCCUCCAAACAGCCAGUGUCCCUGCACAGAGGGAGGGGAUUCUCCCAGCAGCUAACAUCACUGUGCAGAGGGAGGAGAUCUUCCGAGCAUCAGGCCUCAUCCCUGAAGAGAGGGAGGACAUCCGCCUCACAGCCAGUGUCCCUGCACAGAGGGAGGGGAUUCUUCCAGCAGCUACUGCAGCUACUGUCACUGUGCGAAAGGAGAAGCUCCUCCGAGCAUCAGGCCUCAUUUCUGCACAAAAGGAGUUGAUCCACCUGAUGGCCAGUGUCACUGCGCAGAGGAAGGGAAUCGUCCCAAUGGUCAGCGUCCCUGCGCACAGGGAGGGGAUCGUCCCAAAGGCUAGUGUCCCUGCUGAGAGGUUGGAGAUCCUCCGAGCAUCAGGCCUCAUCCCGCCACAGAGGGAGGGGAAUGUCCGAACAGCCAGUGUCCCAGCACAGAGGGAUGGGAUUCUCUCAGCAGCCAGCAUCACUGAACAGAGGGAGGGGAUUCUUCCAGCAGCUUCUAUCACUGUGCCGAAGAAGAAGAUCCUCAGAGCAUCAGGCCUCAUUCCUGCACAAAAGGAGUUGAUCCACCUGAUGGCCGGUGUCACUGCGCAGAGGAAGGGAAUCGUCCCAAUGAGGGAGGGUAUUCUCCAAACAGCCAGUGUCCCUGCACAGAGGGAGGAGAUCCUCCGAGCAUCAGGCCUCAUCCCGCCACCAAGGGAGGGUAUCCUCCAAACAGCCAGUGUCCCUGCACAGAGGGAGGGGAUCUUCCGAGCAUCAGGCCUCAUCCCAUCACAGAGGGAGGGUAUCCUCCAAACAGCCAGUGUCCCUGCACAGAGGGAGGGGAUCUUCCGAGCAUCAGGCCUCAUCCCGCCACCAAGGGAGGGUAUCCUCCAAACAGCCAGUGUCCCUGCACAGAGGGAGAAGAUCCUCCGAGCAUCAGGCCUCAUCCCAUCACAGAGGGAGGGUAUCCUCCAAACAGCCAGUGUCCCUGCACAGAGGGAGGGGAUCUUCCGAGCAUCAGGCCUCAUCCCUGAAGAGAGGGAGGAGAUCCUCCUCACAGCCAGUGUCCCUGUGAAGAAUGAAAACAUUCAUCCACAACCACCUUCCAUCAUCCCCAUGUUGGCACCACUGCGGAAAUGGGAUGGUGGAGCGUGUACUCCACCUGUGGAUUUCUAUUCCAAGAGAAGAGAUGUCCGACUUAGAUAUGUUGAGCAUCCUGCUAUGAUGUCCAUCACCAAGCCGGAACACUCCGAUGCCAACCCUCAGUUCCAGACUGGCACCCGGCCGGUGGCUGAGCCCGAGGCCCCUGCUGUUCACAAUAACAGUGGAGGCUGGCUGAGCUGGGUCUUUGGGAGUGGAAGAGCUAAUAAGAAGGAGGUUCAUCUACCUGAGGACAAAGACAGAUCUAUUGUCUGGGAUCCAAUUCUGCACAGAUGGGUUAACAAAACUGAGCCCAAGGCUGAAAACAAGUGUGUACCACCACCUCCACCGAUGGGAACACAUGGAUAUCAGGGGAACACUGGCAGUGUCCCCAAAGGAGUGAAUCCCUACUCUAUGAAAGCAGCAGGUCUAUGGGGCAGCAGAUACCCCACAAUGCAUUGCAAUGAUGGGACCAACUCAAAGCCUCCAAGCCAUGGGGCUGGACUGCUUCCUAGACAGCUCUCUGGCUUGCUCCCUCCUUCACACUUUGACCUCAUGGCACCAAUGGUUGUGCCACCUGACACUCUACACUACUGAGGCCAUUUUCCCAAGUUGGAUUUGCCAUACAUAGAUUUUUUCAGCAUUAAAAAUGUAUUAAAA